UAAUUUCAACAUGAAACCCGGUUAGGGCACAGCGACAUACAUAAUGACACAAUAAGCAUCAAGUCAGUUGGUAUUACAAGCUUAACACAUAUUGGGAUUGAUAUAAAAAUGAUGGGAUUAUUAUAAAAAAAACUAACAUAAUAUUAUUUUAAUAAAUACCAAUUCACCACUAUUAUUGUAGUUUUUAUAUUUGAAUUUAACAUCAAAAUUCUACGUCCACCUACCAACUCUUUCUGUAUGAAUCACGUUUCAUUAAUUAUCAAUACAAUCAGGCUAGAAACCCUUAUCUACCCCCUAUCUGCACUUAAAUUUGUACUUAUACAGUACAUUGCGAUCGGGCAUAUAAAAUAUUAUCGCGUUCCAACUUACACUUAGACUAUGCCAACAAUACGUAAUGUUCAUUACCCAAAUGAAAAUCCCCUAAGACUGAAAGUGCUCUAAAAGAUAACAGAUUAGUCAAAAUAAUCAAUAACUCAGUUGAUAACGUUAUCUAUACUCGACAUACAGCAAAUGUUUUGCCAGUGUUAAAGUGUCAUUCGCAGUGAGAAAUAAUUGAAGUCUUUUUGCUCUAUACAGUUUUCUAUUUAGUUAUAAAUCAAUGGCAGAUGUGCGUCGUAACGGUGAAACUUUGAAAAAGGGUCACUUUGCUAGGCUACAUGAAAAAUUAAUCAAUAAGUAUGAAGAAGUGAAACUACAAAGAAAAUUUGGAAAAUCAAGAUCAGUUGAUUCGCUGUCAUCGCUCAAGGAAGAUUACGUCUAUGCGGAACCGAGAUACGCGAGUAGCGCUGACAUUAAAUAUGUCGAUACAGUCAACGAUAUGCCUUUGCUAAGAAAUAGUGUAAAACAUUGUGUUAUAGAAGAAGAAGUUCGUAGAAGUAGUGCCACGUUCCAAUAUGUUAUCGCUAGAGAGUCAAGUGUGUCCGAAUCUGAACUUCCUACACCGUUUGAAAACAAAAAUGAAGAUGACGACUCUGAUUCAAAUCGGUUUUUUGGUGACGAUUUCUGCAGAUUAAGUCUAGAAUCUUUAAACGAAGGGUCUAAGGAAAGCGAUGAAUAUCCAACACCAACACAUACACCUCCCCCACCAGUUUCCAUACGGGACAAAAUUGGGUCACACAUUACAGCCGUCAAAGAAAGACGUCGACAAAAAGAGAAAGAAAAGGAGAGAGAAAAAGAAAAGGAGAAUGAGAAGAAACUAUCUCGCGACAAAGUAGAAAAGUUCAUAUUCAGCAACAAUAAUAAGCAGGACCGAGUAAAAGACUCUGAUUCAAAUCGGUUUUUUGAUGACGAUUUCAGCAGAUUAAGUCUAGAAUCUUUAAAUGAAGGGUCUAAGGAAAGCGAUGAAUGUCCAACACCAACACAUACGCCGCCCCCAGCAGUGUCCAUACGAGACAAAAUUGGCUCCCGUUUUACAGCAGUCAAAGAAAGACGUCGACAAAAAGAGAAAGAAAAGGAGAGAGAAAGAGAAAAGGAGAAUGAGAAGAAACUAUCUCGAGACAAAGUAGAAAAGUUUAUAUUCAGCAACACUACUAAGCAGGACCGAGUAAAAGACUCUGAUUCAAAUCGGUUUUUUGAUGAUGAUUUCAGCAGAUUAAGUCUAGAAUCUUUAAACGAAGGAUCUAAGGAAAGUGAUGAAUGUCCAACACCAACACAUACGCCGCCCCCAGCAGUGUCCAUACGGGACAAAAUUGGCUCGCGCUUUACAGCAGUCAAAGAAAGACGUCGACAAAAAGAGAAAGAAAAGGAGAGAGAAAAAGAAAAGGAGAAUGAGAAAAAACUAUCUCGAGACAAAGUAGAAAAGUUUAUAUUCAGCAACACUACUAAGCAGGAUCGAGUAAAAUCGUUUAAAAGAACAAAAGUGGCGACAGUGACGAUCGCUUUAAUUGAAGCCACUGGUUUGGAAACUGACAACUUAGAGGAAAAAAUCCGUCUAUGGUGUUGUCGUUUUAGAUUGGGUUCAGAGAAAUACAAGUCGAAAGUCACAAAAACAAACACAUCGAAAGCUAAAUGGCAAGAAUUGUUCAAUUUCAAUUUAUACGAAGACAAUAUUGUGGAGCUGUCUCUUUGGGAAAAAGACUUUUGUGUCGGCAGAUCAAACAUUGAUUUAGCAGAAUUGGAAAAGGAGAGGACACAUAAGUUGCGCAUCAAGUUUGAGAAUGAAGGAGGGAAUAUUGAAGUAUUUUUACUUCUAACAAUUACUGGCUUCUCAAUCGUAAGCCUUGAUGACUUUCAAGAAACACAACAAAAACUAAUACAAGGCCUAGAAAAUUCUUCUCAAUCAAAAAGUGAAUCUCCAGGAGUUGGCAGUCUGACUGUCAUAGUUUAUGGUGCAAAAGGACUAGCAGGCAACGAGUGCCACUGCGUUUUGCAAAUUGAUAACGAAAGGGUACAAACUCAUACUGAAUUCAAAACGAAUGACCCUAACUGGAUGAAGAUUUUUACUUUUGACGUGACGGAUAUCACCUCAAUCCUAGACAUUGCCAUCCAUGACGAGAAGAAAUCCGAAGAUAUAGGGUGUCUCUCAUUACCUUUGCUUAAUGUCAAAAGUGGUGAGAAGAAAUGGUACGCCCUAAAGGACGCUAGCCUAAGAGACAGAGCUAAAGGGCACAAUCCUAGGAUACUACUGGAAAUGAACCUUAGUUGGAAACUUGUGCCCGCAUCAAUCCGUGUGAUAAACCCGAAAGAAGUUAAAUAUAUAGAAGUCAAACCCAAAUUCGACAGACACUUGUUUUCAAAGAACCUGGCUAGAGCCAAAGUUGUGUUUAAUUGGACACUAGAUUCUUUCAGAGUUAUGAAAACGUGUUUUGAGUGGGAGUCAAGGAAAGCGAAUGUUGUGGCAUUGACAAUAUGGCUGUUGUUUUGCUGGUUCUUCAAAAUUUGGAUGAUGCCUCUAAUAUUGCUCAUACCUUUCUUUUGGUAUCGACCUCCGGAAUACUUCCUCGUUCGAUGGAAAGACUACGUUCUGAAAAGGAAAGAUCCAUUAGAGGACGAAGGGAAGAAAGAAAAGGAAGAGAAAAAAGAAACGUUGAGACAAAAAAUAAACAGCUUGCAAGAAAUGGUGCAGACCGUGCAGAACUUUAUCGGAGCAUUCGCUAAUCUCGGCGAAAGUAUUAAAAAUCUGUUCAACUUCACAGUACCGUAUCUCAGUCUGUUGGCGAUAUUCAUGAUACUUGUGGUGGCUUUCGUCAUGUUUAUGAUCCCAACGAAAUACAUAUUCAUGAUUUGGGGAAUCCACAAGUUUACAAGAAAAAUACUUCGACCAAAUCGAGUGCCCAACAAUGAGAUACUCGACCUGCUGUCCAGAGUACCUAAUGAUGAAAUAUUGCUAAACUGGGAAGAGAUCCCGUUAGAAGAAGUGCCAGAAGAAGAUGUGAUAAAAUAAUGAUCUGAUAGUUUUAAUUUAAUUUAAUAUAAAAAUAUUUUAAUCAAUAUUAAUUGUAAAUAAAUAUAACGUAAAAAGUAUUGUGAUUCUAAUUUUAAGUUAUGAGCUAACGUUGACAUUAUUUUGUACUGAAUUGUAAAUAAUAUAAUUAUAUAAUUAUAUACCUAAUCAUUUAA